GAAAAAACUGCGAUGUAAGUAAAAAUUGUUGAUUUUGAUUCGAAGAUUAAAAUUUGAAAACGGGUUUGAAUCGGCAGCGGGGAGUUUAGUGUCUUGAAGUUGGCGACGCCGCGGCUCUCGAAUGUUGAACGGAGCGCCGCAAGUUCCGACAACUCGGCGUGUGUGGUCUCUUUUCAAAUAUGGAGAGGUUAUCUUUUUAAAGUAAUAUGUGGGAUUUAAGGAGUCGAAAUCGGGGCAUUUUCGUGUUAAUAAGUGUGCUUAGCGGGUGCGCGGUUUUAUACAAUGCUUGGGGUCCGAUUCUUGGCCUUACCGUAUCAAUAAUCGUAGUUAUAUACGUGUGUUACUGCUUACUAACCAACAGCAGCAUUCUAUCGCCACGAACGUUAUUUUUCGUCAAAUAUUUAGAGGAGGCUGGUCAAGAAAUAAAUGAUAGUUUGAAUACCGCAUCCUUUUACUUAUCUUCCGUCAUCCGUAAGUUUUCUAUCUUUUUAAAUAAUUAUUAUCGAACUCACGUCGCGUCAAAAAUGAGCAGAUUUCGUCAAAAUACGUAUCAUUUGAGCAAUGACACACGCGAUACUUCAAGGAACUCUUCAAGGUUUGAUUUAACCACAAAUCCACUUAGUCCAAUACCGAAAGACCACUAUCUAUCCGGCCCAAACAUUGACACUAACCUAGAAAACAUCCCCUAUAAUAAUCUCGCCAUGCAUCGUCCCCUUGAAAACAACUACCCUGGUACAAAACAUACGUCGACUCCCUUGGGACAGUGGCGCAAAGAAGGAAAUCUUUCAUCUCCUAACGAAGGAAUAGGACUCUUUACACCUGCCCGACCACUUAGGUCAGAAACACACCAUGCCUAUAGUCCACAUCGUACAACGGUGAAUGGAAAUGAAACUGUUUAUAGUCCGAACGGUUCUCCAUGGGGAACUAGUAUCAGUCCAAAAAUGAGAUCUAAGGCAGGCGGUGUCAAAACCGUGCAAACUGUAGCUGGACCCUUGCUUGCCUCUACAAGAUACAACAUCGAUUCGAAAAUAUAUUCGGAUGUAACAUCUCCAGGAUUGAGUUCGAGGCUGGCAAAAUAUGCAACUGAAGCAAACAGCAAGCUUACGCAUCAGUCACAGUACUUGACUGGUCAGUUCCCCAAAGUUAAUUUGAACGUGAGCCCUUUACCAUUAAUAAACAUGAAGAAUGCAAAGGUUAGAACCCCGGUGACAGUCAGGAUAGCUCCACCUGAAACAAAUAGGUAUUCGCCACCUGAAAAACAGAAGUUGAUCUCUGAUGUGUGUCGAAAUGAGAGUAGGACAGCUCAGAAUGUUGUUCAAGUAUUAAGAGAGAUAUCGUUGAAGAGACAUGCUUCUAGAGAAGACAUCAGUGCAGAGUUAGUCAAAAAGCAAAGAAAAGAAGCUGUCUAUGAAGACAAUUUGGAUGAGCUUGCAGAAAUGAUACAUAAACGCACUAGGGAAGAGUCUCCAAACACUGAGGAGGAAUUAUUUGCCAAAAAUAACCAACUUAGACCUGUAAAAAAAUCUAAAACACCCUCUUGUUACGACGUUUUGAAUUCCUUGAGUUCAAGCAAUCAAUUGGUUUCUGGUGUCAAGCGAAAAGCAAGCACUUUAGAUUUGUCACGAAGCGGAACACCUGACAUUGAGAAACAUUUUAAAGGAGCAGAUAUGGUUCAAACCAUUCCCAAAACAUUAGUUAAUGUAAUUCAAUCAGAACCAGAGUUUACAAAAACCCCACAACGCAAUAUGAAUGAAAAUUCUCCAGAUGUUGUUGAGUCAUAUAAAAAAUUGAACGAACAAACUACGCUAACAAAAGUGAAAAGUAUCUUGAAAGAUGUAGCUAGUACAGGAAUGGUUGUGGAUAAUAAAUCAUCGGAACAUGUAAACAUACAUGAGGAAAAAGAUCUUCAAACUAUGAAAAAAUCACCGUCUAUCGCUAAUGAGCCAACUAACUAUACCAAUAAAUUAUUCAUGAAAGCGGAGCCACAGGCUAACGAAAGAUUGAGAACUUUAAUUCAAGAACAAGGAAAUAUCAGAGCGAAAUUCACCACGGAUGAUGUUGAAGAAAUCAAGAAACAAGAUAUUGUUAAUAUGCGUCAAACUAGUAUGAAAGCUAGACUGCAAAGUAUGUUUGACGCUAUAUCUGGAAAACCUACCAAGAAAAUAAAUCCAGACGUGAUAAUCGAUGCUGAACCAGCCUGUGAAGAAAACACUACUGCGACAGGUGCAUCAUCACACAUAGUCACCUUGAGUUCAACAACUUCGACAACAAACGUGAAUACAUCUCCGAUCGCGUCGUCCGCCGUCUUGCCGAUCAUCGCUGGAACAAAAGCGAAAACAACUUCGAAAAAACACGUCACUUUUAUCCUUCCUGGUUCUCAAUCAUCAUCUAGCAGUUCUGCGAAUGAAAUCACUCCAACUGGAUUCCAAUUGCAAGCUGCCAAAUCAAAUUCUGAGGUCUCGAACUUCAGUUUUGGGACCCUGUCAACAACUACGAGUUCUGCGACAUCUUCUCCUCUGAGUACCCAGAACACAAAUACCAAUACCAUUACUGCGGUAACCAGUACGAUUAAAUCAAGCACGACUCCCCCUUUUCCACCAGUAGAAAAUGCUGCGAAUCAAAACUCCACACCAACUACAGGGAGUCCUAGUCUGAAUGUGAACUCUGUGGCAAACAAUAGUCUGAAUACGGCAACAACGGCUCCAAAGAACACUGAGUCGUUACCUAAAUCUGUCACAUCUACAAUUGCACCGAAUGUGCAAUCUGUCACUCCUAGUUCAGGAAAUGGAACCUCUAUAUCAAACAAAUCAAUCGAUAAUGUUGUGACCAAUACUCAGACGGUUGUUCCGAUGUCUACGUUUGCUUUUGGUACCUCAAAAGUAUCCCCUCUACCAUCCUCUGUUGUUGGAAACAAUCAAUCUGCCUUAGCAAUUUCACAAAAUCAAAGCUCAGUACCUAAUAGUAGCACUUCAACCUCACAAUUCUCUUUCAAUUCCACUUCAACGAUGCCUGUAAAUAAGCCGGCAGCAACAACGUCACCAGUUACAUUUGGUGGCAAUAACAAUGCACCUGCAGCUCAACCAACCACUGGAAGUUUCUCUUUCACGACUAACACAACUGCAAGUCAAAGUCAACCCCUUUCAUUUGGAAAUACCGCUCUGACUCAAAGUACCCCAGCUUUUGGAAGUGCGGGCACUCAAAACCCUCCAGUAUUUGGAAAUUCAAUUAAUUUCCAAAACGUUCAAUCCCCUGGAUGUGGUGCUACAACUAUCACGCAAAACAUUCCGACGUUCGGCAGCAGUCAGAACUCUCCAGCAUUUGGAACUGCUGCGGUGACGACUGCUCAGAACCCUUCAACCUUGGGAACUGUUAGUUCGUCUGCUCCGCCAUCUGCUUAUGGCAACAAUACGUCGAUCACGAGCUCAUCCUUCACUUUCGGAAAUGUGCCUCAAUCAAUUGCAGCAACUCCGGCAUUGGGUGCUUCUGCUAACUCAACGAAACCAUCACUCAUCACAAGUGCAGGAAGUAAUGCAACGUUUUCGUUUGGUUCAUCGGCAACGGCCCCAUCAAAACUGGGUUUUUCAUUUGGCGGAAACGCUGCAGUUACUUCCACUGGUGGAGCGGUAACUGCUAAUCCGGUCUCUACCUUUGGAGCUACUGGAAAUAAUGCAACUCCCGUAUUUGGUGCAUCCUCAACAAGUACAACACCGUCAUUUGGUACACCUUCCACAACUGCACCACCAGCAUUCGGUACUCCUUCAACAACCGCACCACCAGCAUUCGGUACUCCUUCAACAACCGCACCACCAGCGUUCGGUGCUCCUUCAACAACCGCACCACCAGCGUUUGGUGCUCCUCCUAGUACUGCACCACCAGCAUAUGGUACUCCUUCAACAACUGCACCACCUGCUUUUGGGGCACAGCCCACUACCACAACACCAAUGUUUGGUGGAACUUCGACCACUUCAACGCCUGUAUUUGGUGUUACCUCUUCAAGUGCAACAACAUCCCUCUUUGGGACACCUACAACCACCGCAACCUCUGCAAUAUUUAACGCUAAUGCUAGUCAAUCAACAUUCGGCAGCGUAGCAAAUUCUACUGCCUCUGGUGGAUUCGCCACACCGAAAACUACUGCACCACCAGCAUUUGGUUCUCACACGACUGAUUCUGGUUUUAAUUUUGGAGGGGUGGAAGCUGGAAGACCAUCUUUAUUUUCUGGUCUAAGCUCAGAUGCCGCCCCUAGUACGACCGCACCAGCAGCAACUGCUGCUCCUGUAUUUGGAGGUAGUGCUGCCUCAAAGAAUGUUUUUGGCCAAUCAAAACAGCCAUCAAAUUUCGCAGCGAGUCCACCAACGUUUGGAAGCAGUGGAACAUCCAACUUUGGAAACGUGAAUACAUCGUUUAGAGCUGGUAACAAUACAAUCGCCCCUGCAGGAAAUACUUCUGGGUUCGGGACUCAGAAUUCAACAACUCCCGCUUUUGGAGCCUCAAAUACGGCGGCGAAACCUACUUCUGCCACAUCUCCACCGGCUUUUGGAUCUUCCGGUUCAACAUUUGGGUCUACAGCUGCAGCACCACCAGCUUUUGGUGCAAACACUACAUCCUCAUCUGUAUUCGGUUCCUCAGCAACGUUAUUUGGCUCCCAAAAUACAGCUUCUCCAUCUUUCGGAGCUGCUACUAGUAAUACGCCAAGUGCUUUCGGUACUAAUGCAGCACCAGCAUUCGGUGAACAGAAUACAGCUGCUCCACCCGCAUUCGGGACCCAAAAUUCUGGCACAACUACUUUUGGGGCAUCUAACAGCAAUGCCAAUUUGUCGUUCGGAUUCGGAGCAAACCAGGCUCAAACGCAACAAAACACUGGAUUUUCAUUUUCUGGAGCUAGCGGGACAAAUAACAAUACUGCAACAGUCACCCCUUUCCAGUUUGGAGGAACUCCGGCUAAAACUGAGGGAUUCAACUUCAGUGCACCAACAACAACUCCUAAUUUAAAUUUUGGUGCGACAUCGCCACCAUCUUUUGGCACCAUGUUUGGCGCAUCAUCGCCAGCAGUACCUGCAGGUGGAAUGUUCAACAUUGGAGCAGGUUCAACAAGCUCGAAGUCACGUUCGAACAGGUCACGGCGACAAAGAUAGUGGAGGAUGUAAUUUUAAUUUGUUAUUAACAAGAUGUGUUAUCAGUUACAAAAAAGAUAUUGAAAAAAAGCAAAAACGGCAGUUACUUUGACUGAUUAAUAUUCGAGUACAAUAGAAUGAUUUCAAAUUAUAAAUGAGAAUUUGGAUGAAAUCCAAUUCAAGUCUAUGCAACGUUCAAGUUAUUUUGUAUUCAAAUCAAGGUGCGAGAAUAUAUUAUUGUAGCGGUAACAAGAACUAGAUAACGAUAUCAAUAUUAAUCAUAAUAAUAAAACUAAUAGUUACAACAAUGAGGAUAUCAUUAAUAAAAGUGAAGGGCGCACCAUCAUCACCACUUCGAAUCAGUUUUUACUGACGUAAUUUUUUUUUUUCCCCGAUGUUGAAAAUGCCAUUUAUACCUGCUCUGUGUUCAUUACUUAUAAUCGCUUUGAUAUGAAUUAAUUAAACGGUUUUAUGACUGAUGUAAGAACGGUAUUCAUAAACAUUUUCUACCGACUGACUCUUGGUUCUGCAAAAAUAAAAAAAAAAAAGGUAAAGUAGUUUCAAUAAUAUAAUUGUAGUGACGAUGAAAGCUGUUGUGGCGCGACAAUUGAUGACUUCCUAACGAAAUGCUCGUGUCACUUUUCGGUGAGCCCUUUGUUUUCUAAUUCCUCUUAAUAAAAUGAAGUCAAUACAUUUUUUUGUCCAUCGCAACUAUCGCUGAAUAACGAAGAAACGAGAAGAAAAGAACGAGUGUAUUCAACUUACAGCUACAGUUUGCACGGACCUGAUUUUUUAUACGCUCGAUUACUGCACAUUAGACGAUUUCCUGAUUGAACAGGGAAAAAAAUGAUCAUUAGAGUAGUAAUAAUAAUAAUAUCAAGCCUAGAUCCCGUUGACUUUACAGACCACCUAUAUUAUGUUAUCAAAUAUCGUUUGCUGGUUUGUAAUCAAUAAUCAUCUAAAUAUUUUUCAGCCGACUGAUGGUAUUGAGUUAUAAGAAAUUACUUUUGUUAAUUCCUUUCAUUUUAUUUUUCAACUUAUUUCUCCUGUUUUUAUAAUAUGUGAAAAAUUAAUUUUGUAACAGUGUAAAAGAAACGUGUAGAAUUGAAAUACUGAUAUCGGUCUGCACGUGUGUCAAAAAACUAUGUUUUGAGCGUGCUUGUUGUACUCGUGAUGUUAUACUUAUAUAAGUAACAUAAGCGGGGUAGUUUAUUCAAGUAUAUAGUAAUAGUAGUAUAGUUAUGCUAGAAUCAGCAAGUCGAUUACUCCAGCCUUUGAAAGCCAGUCCAAUAAGUAAAUUAUGUUUUCAGUUGGAUCCCUCGCCAGUGCGUCUAGGGUUUGUACAAGUAAAUUUGUAUUUUAGUUAAGACUGAAAAUAUGAAUGUAAUGGUAAAAGUAAAAAUUAAAAAAAAAAAUGCACAUGCGAAUUACAGGAUCCGACUGUAAUUAUAUUUACUAAGCGAAUAAAGAUCAUCGUUUUAUCGAAGUCUACUAUAAAUAUCCGAACUAUUGUUAAUUUGUAUAAGAAUAAAUAUACCACAACGAUAGAUAAAACAUUUAGAAGUUUUAAUAUUUAGUAACACGGUGUUUGGCACAUAAUAUAUAAUAUUAUCAAUUACCAUGCAUUAGAUCAGCGAACGAUAAUAAAUAAUGUUCUCAUAUUGUUUAA